AAUACUUUUACUUUCAACAAUUUGAUGUCAAUGUUUUUACAACAAUUAACAACUAUACAGUCCUGCAACGUUGGAACUGACUCACCUGGGUGUUUUUUAGCUUUUAUUUAAUUACUAUUUUUAAGUUAGGAGUUACAAUAUAUAAACCAUAAAACACAAUUACAAAAAGUGUUCUGAUUAUUUGAAUAAACUAAUAACCACUUUAUUGAAAAAUGUCUUCGCGAAAAACAGUAAGUCGUCGUGGAACUAGCAAAAAACGUGCUCAAAGAGCAACAUCCAAUGUAUUUGCUAUGUUUGAUCAGGCACAAAUUGCUGAAUUCAAGGAAGCUUUUAAUAUGAUUGAUCAAAAUCAUGAUGGCUUUGUUGAUAAAGAGGAUUUACAUGAUAUGUUGGCUUCUUUAGGCAAAAAUCCUACCGAUGAUUAUCUUGAUGGUAUGAUGAAUGAAGCUCCAGGUCCAAUUAACUUCACAAUGUUUCUGACACUAUUUGGAGAACGUCUACAAGGUACUGAUCCAGAAGACGUAAUCAAAAAUGCUUUUGGCUGUUUCGACGAAGACAAUAAUGGUGUAAUAAAUGAAGAACGUCUUAGAGAACUCUUAACUUCAAUGGGAGAUAGAUUCACAGAUGAUGAAGUUGAUGAAAUGUAUAGAGAAGCUCCAAUUAAGAAUGGUUUGUUUGAUUAUGUUGAAUUCACACGUAUAUUGAAACAUGGUGCCAAAGAUAAGGAUGAGCAGUAAAAAUAUAAUCAAUCGAUUGAAAAUUCCUAAAUAUAUAGGAUGUAUUUAUAAGUUAUGUAUAUUCUACAUCCUGUUACUUCUUUCAAUUUUUGUUGCAUUUAGUGUUGAAUUUCAAUUUUUUGUCAUAGGAGAUGCGCUUCAUAAAAUUAAACUCAAUUUGACUGAAAUUAAGUAUUUUUAUUAAUCUGUAUUUGCUUAUUUGUACAUUAGAUGACAAUUUAUGGGAUCUGUAUAUCACUAUUAUGGCUAUAUUUACUUAAUAUACAAAUAAAUUUGAUUUUUUUAUAUAUUUUUUCUGAACUAUUUUCAGUGGCAUUUUAUUUAUUUCAGGAAUUUGUUGUAUAUUAAAUAUAAAGUUUUGUAUGUUUUUAUUUAAUUCAUUAAAUACACUAUAACAUUU